GCUGCUUUGCCGUCAGGGGCAUUUCGCAGACCUCACGCACCCUCUCUCUCACUCUCUCUCUCUCUCUCUCUCGCAUUUCACUUUAGCUUUUCAGUCACGGACCAGACUGUAAUCUCCAUGAUCUGAGAGAUCCUCUGCCAUGGAAGAUACCUUUUCAGUUGUUACGUUAAUUGACUCUACAACCUCAAAGAUUCAACAGCUCCAGAAAGCAUUUGCUGAACUUGAAAGUCACCGUGCCAUUACCCUUAACUUGAAAUGGAAAGAACUUGAAGAACAUUUUCAUGGGCUUGAGAAAUCUUUGAAGAGGCGUUUUCAUGAGUUGGAAGACCAAGAAAAGGAGUAUGAGACCAAAACAAUCGAAGCCCAAAAGUUGUUGGAGAAGCGGGCAGCAGCAGUUGUAGCCAAGGAACAAGCUUCGCUGGAGAGGCUUCAAGAGAAAAGAGAUGCUGCUAUAUUUGCCAUUGCUACUGCUCGAGAGAAGCCUGCUGUUGUCACUGAUGAGAGCCAUGGUGGGACACCAAGCAUGGAAGAGAAACCACCUGAUGCCGUGGCUGCUGAAAAUAACUUUGAAGAUAUAAAAGUUUCUUCUGGAAGUGGAGAUGUAGAGGUGACAUCUUAUCCUGAGCUCGUAACACUUUGUAAAGGGAUGGACUCAAAAGGUCUCCAUGCUUUUAUAUCAGACAACCGAAAGAAUCUUGCUGCCAUAAGGGAGGAAAUUCCACUAGCAUUAAAGGCUGCAGCCAACCCUGCCCAUUUGGUUUUGGACUCUUUGGAAGGAUUUUAUCAUAUGGAAGUGUCCAAUCUGGAUGGAAAGAAGGAUUCAAGCCUGUUGGGUCUCCGUCGAACCUGUAUAAUGUUGAUGGAGUGUCUAAGUCUUUUGCUAACAAGCCCAUAUCUAGUCUCCGUUCCUGCUAUCAUUUCAGAAGAUGUUAAGACGCAGGCAAAGGCAAUUGCUGAAGAAUGGAAGCCUAAAUUGGAUGUUCUUGACCUGGACGCGAGCAAUGGGAACUCAUUGGAGGCUCAUGCAUUUCUGCAACUUCUGGAAACUUUUGGUAUUGCCUCUGAUUUUAAUGAGGAAGAGCUGUCUAGGCUAAUACCAAUGGUUUCACGGCGUCGCCAAACAGCUGACCUUUGUCGUUCCCUUGGGUUAUCGGAGAAAAUGCCAGGUGUAAUUGAAGUAUUGGUUAAUAGCGGAAGGCAAAUUGAUGCUGUUAACUUGGCUUUUGCAUUUGAACUUACUGAGCAGUUCUCUCCUGUGCCUUUACUGAAAUCCUACUUGAAGGAGGCAAGAAAAGCUUCUUCACCUGUCAAAACUGGAAAUUCAUCUCCCACAGCACAGAAUGAGGUUAACGAACGGGAGCUGACUGCCCUCAAGGCUGUGAUAAGGUGCAUUGAAGAGCAUAAACUUGAGCAGCAGUAUCCAGUGGAUCCACUCCAAAAACGUGUCCUCCUGCUAGAAAAGGCAAAGGCAGACAAGAAAAGGGCAACCGAAGCUGCAAAGCCUCAGCCGAAAAGACCCCGUGCCAACGGCGUAGGAUACGUGCCUCGUGUCACUAACGUUGCCACUACUGAUAAGACUUUCUACCCCAGAAUGACAGAUAGGUACCCUCAGUACGUGUAUGAUAAUAGGCAAUAUGUUUACCCUGGACCUGCUGACAACCACUGCCCUCCUCUUCUGGGUUCUGCAACUUACAACCUCUCUCCCAGUCAUGGCAACUACUUCGGAAAUGGCUACCAGUAUCAAGCCCCAUAUCUUCACUAGUUAGCGAAAAUGGCAACAUAAGAGGUGACGGCUAUCAUCAUCCUUUCAUCAUUUUAACUCUUAGUGUUAACCCUGGAGCCCUUUGUAUGUUGUACUGUAUGAAUGAAUUUUAGUAUUUAAGAACCCCCCCUAAAAAAAAAAAACAGCAAAAAAAGAAAAAAAAAAUGGUCUUGUUAAUUUUUAGUUGUUGUACAAGAAGAUAUUCGUCUCUCUAAUAUAUGCACAAUGUUUUAAUUUUGUAAAUA